AAUUUGAUAAGCUCCUCCUUUUACUGUAAAUGCAUGCCAACUGUUGCUCCCUUGUCGAGUGAAGAGGUGAAGAGGGAACGUUACUAAGUGCUUGAUAUGUUGCUAGUACGAGCUGCUCUUGUACUAGCUCUAGUCAUCAUCGGGGCUGUAGCUGAUGACGGUAUCCCACCAAGACAGAAAUGUGAUGUCAUUGUUUUGCCCUCAGCUGAUGACCCAAAGAUCAUUUACUAUCAGUUAAAAAGUGAUACUAAUGCUACUCAUUAUGUCUGGGGUCUACAAGAUAUUCCAACACUCUUCAUGAGUGUGACUGGUCCUAAUUCAACCUGUCUUACUGCCGAAGAAUUUAAUAAGACGAUCGACUGGGAAAAGUUCUUAGGCGAUGAUGAUAAUUGUACUGAUCCUUGUGAGACGUGGCCAGAGCCUUGUAACUGUACAUGUAACUAUGGUGCUGUGAAUAUCCCUGGACAAGAUGGAGAGUUUGCUUUUGCUCUUACUUUUAACUCACUCAUUGAGUUUUAUGAUUCUCACAGUAAAGCUAAUAAAGCUUUUAACCCGAAGCAUUUGAAUAUCUCAAGUCUUUACUCAAGUUAUUCUCUUGCCGAUCUCAAGUGGACUUUCAAUAAAGACAAUAAUCAACUUAAGACUUCUGGUCCUAAAGGAUUGACCUGGUACAUUAGUUUAAAUGUUCCCACAGAAGGAGGUCGGCUAGAUUAUUUCCCAAAGACACUCUACACCAUCAACUCAACGACUUUUGAUUUCAUCUUUCAGAAUUUCCCCUACCAAUUACACAUUGGUAACAAUGCCAGUCGGCUUGUACUGGAUGUCACCAUUGUCCACGGUCCACUCUCCCAUGGCAUCCUUAUGUCCCGUUUCUCACGUGAUGAUGAAUAUACCCCGUCUAUAUUCAUUACUUACAACUAUCUCUUUGGAAACAGAGGCACUAUGUUUCAAGGUUUUCUCCAAUGGAAGCCGAUCUCUUAUCUUUCAAAGGCAAGGAAAUCCACGAAAUCGGAGCAGAUUAAUUUAGUGCCGGGCGGAGACGUGGAUGAAGUUCCAGUUGGUCUGGCUAGUGCUUUGUUUAAUAAUUGUACCAGUGUUAAUAAUACGAGGGUAUUUCUGGUGAUGGGGACUGAAGGUGAUGAUAAUAAUGCUAAUCCUAACUACGUUACAUGGUUAGUAUAUUUUAGUAAUCUCUGUCAGUAUACUCCAAUAGCAUGCUGUGUUGUUUAUGUGUCAAAUGAUAGUGUGGUAGUAGAAUACUGAUAAUGUUUGAUAGUAAAUUAUUAGUAUACUACUCAAAUUGGAAAUAUUGUUGGUGAAUUUAUAAUAUUAGGCCAAAGUCUCUAUACUAUAGUACAAA